CAGCAUCAGAGAUUAUUCUGGGCGGGAAAUAAGCGCCGUGGGAGAGAAGAGUACAUGUGAACUUGUGAAACUUGUACCCUUUCACUGAAGUGACCAAAUGUCAGAACCAGCUUCAAGGAGAUAUGCUCACUCGGAAGGCAGAACUUUUAUCUGUUUUGACUCCAAAAUGAGAGUGGUGACGUGUGGUCAUGAUUGUGACGUACGCAUUCUAGAGGGUGAUGAGUCGACGGAAUUCAGUGUUUCUUCGGACAAACUCUCUGCUAUUGCAUGUUACCAUGGAAGCAGUGGUAGUGACGUUGUUGCUGUUGGGAUGGAUGACCAUUCUGUGCAAUCAUUUCAAUUAGAUGGUACACCAGAGGGUUUAUUGAUGAGGUUUACUGGACCAGUAACUUACCUCGCUGUCAAUGGCGACCACUCAUUGCUGGCAGCUGGCACCAGUGAGUUCAAUGUCAAGGUAAUUGAGACUGCUGACUCUGGAAAGGGCUACAGUCUGAUUGGUCAUGAGGCUCCUGUACUCUGUGUGUGUUUUGACCCAAAGGGAGAGCUCUUAGCAUCCUCUUCAUGUGAUGGCAGGGUGAAAAUAUGGUCUCUGAAGACUAAGGAGUGUGUAGAAACUCUCCCAGUCUUGCACAAAUCCAAUUCUGUGAACUCAGCCAGGAGUUUGGUUGUACUCUCAUGGAGACCUACUGAUGGCAAGAUGAUUGCUGUUCCAGUUGGGUCAGAAAUCAAGCUGUAUGAUCGGUUGUCAUGGAAGUGCAUGUUCUCACUUGAUGACAAUCAUCACAAGGAACCUGUCAACGUGGUAAGCUGGUCGCCUUGUGGGGCGUACCUAGCCUCAGGGGGUGCUGACGGAGCAGUGUGCUUAUGGGAUGUGAAUUCAAGGUUGGCGUAUUCUAAAAUGAAAAACGAGAGUAGUAUUGGAAUCACUUCAAUGGAAUGGGACCCUAGAGGACAUGGUGCACAGGAUGGAAAAAAGGUCUUGUUCGGAGACAGUGAGGGUUACAUUGGAGUAUUUGAGGAUGCGUAUCCAAGCAACCAGAAAUCUAAUGGGGUGGCAGCUGUCACCGACACUCUGGCUGAUGACAGUCUCCUCAUGGAGGGAAUUCCGCCUGAUGACAUUUUUGAUGAUUUCGAUGAUGCUGAUCUGGACAUAGGGAGCUCCAAUGCCAUCAAACUGAAUGCCCGUGGUGAUGACGACGACAGUAUGGUCCAAUCACGUAAAAGACGACGGAUGCAAAGCAACGAAGGCACACCUGCCCCAUCUGAUUUGUUUGAUGAUGGAUCAAGCUUCCAGUCGGGUAUAAGGGAGUCUGUAGAUCGGGAAAUGGCCAAUCAGAUUACUUCUUUGCCGAGGAAAGUUAUGGAGUUCAAUGAAAAGUUGGUCCAGGUACUCCAGAGUCCACUGCAGCCCUCCUCUACCCCUGAUCACCUCCAGCACAGAUUCAUGGUGUACAACCUUGUGGGUGUGAUUCGUUGCCAUAGUGACGAGAGCACAUCAAUGGUGGAGGUGGACUUUCACAACACAGGAACUCACCACUCCUUCUCACUGGCAAACUACUCUGGCUACAACAUGGCCGCCCUUAGUGAGAGGGCUCUGGUGCUCGCCUGUGAGAAAGCAGACGACCAGCCAAGCCAGCUGCAAUGUACCCACUUCAGCUCCUGGGACUCUAAUAAGGAGUGGACCAUUAGUCUUCCUCCGAAAGAAAGCAUUCUCUCCAUCACGAUUGGUGACACCUGGAUUGCCAUAGCAACUAACAAGCUGAUGUUGAGGCUGUUCACAGUUGGCGGUGUCCAACGGGAGGUGCUCAGUUUGCCAGGCCCAGUGGUGACAGUGGCGGGGUGGGGGAGCAGACUGGCAAUUGUCUAUCAAACUGGACUAGGGACAUCUGGUGUGUUUAGUUUGACAGUGUGGGUGUUAGAUGUUCAGCGCAAGAAAGAGCUCCAUCCUCCUCACUCCCUCCCCCUGUCUCACAGUGCUACAUUGGAAUGGAUCGGGUUUUCUGAGGAAGGAGUGUUCUUGAGUUAUGAUUCUAAAGGGAUGGUUCGUAUUCUGUCUAGUUGCUACGGGAAGUCGUCUUGGGUACCAGUCCUUGAUACGAACAAGCAGCUGGGCAGCAAGAGUGAUCACUACUUCAUAGUAGGCAUGACACAUAACCCUGAUGAGUUAAGGGCCAUCCUUUGCAAGGGUCUCAACUACCCUCCAGUACACCCCAAGCCUGUGAUGAGCACUCUCUCACUAAAACUACCACUGUGUGAGGUCAACACUGAGAAAACUCAACUGGAGGAUGCGUGUAUUCAGAUGACCGUGAUAAAACCUCCUUCCUCCUUCUCUCACGAGCGCACAGAAACUAUUCAGCAACUCAUGAAACUUUUUGCACUUUCCUGCAAGUCAGACAGGGAGUAUAGAGCUUUUGAGAUAGCCACAAUGCUGCCAGAUGAGCACUCUAUGAACCUAGCCCUGACGUAUGCCUCUAGGACUCAGCACCUGCGACUAGCUAGGCAGAUCAGUGAACUCAUUCAGCAUAAAUCCGUGACUGCUGAAUUUGACAGUGACGAAGACGAAGGCAACGACUUGAUUAGUCAAUUUAGCAACGGUACUGAUCAAAACCGUGUCAAAAAUGAUCUUGAUUAUGCACGAAAUAGGAGUGAAAAACUCGAACAAAGAAUUAGGGCACCUGCUGAGAUAUCUAAGAAAAAUACAUGUAGAAAGACUGCAUCUAAGUUUUCAAACAAAGACACCAGAAAGAAAAGUGAGGAUGAUUUGGGAAAUGAAAAUGGCCAGACGGUCAAUACCACGAAGGAAUUGUUUUCUGAUAAUUCUCAGAGUGAUGCAGAAGUGGAUGUUGUAGAAGAUGAGGCCGCGAGUGAUGUGGAUGUGGAAAGUUCCCCCACUCACACAGUAUCAUUCAUUACGCCAGAGAGUGAGAAGAGGCAUAACCCAUUUAAAAUGGCCAGUAGAAAGGUACAGCUGGAUAGGAAGGCCGGUUUUUUGGACAAUAUCAACACUAGGAUGACUGAAAACCAGCAAAAGAAGACAAGUAAAAGUGGCAAGAGUAGGGAUAAGAGUAAAGUAAGACCAGCAGCUAAAAAGAACAAGUUAACAGUUGCUUCAAAGAAAUCAACAGUUCAAAGUAGUUUGAAAGGAUCUUUCAUAACCACAAGCAUGACUGGUGACCAUUCAAUUGCACCUGCUGUCACCACUUCUACCCCUACAUCUGAGGAAACUGUGACUGAUGAAAUGUCAAUGGACUCUGAGAGUCAUGUAGAUUGUAAUGAUGAAGAAAAAGCUGUAGUGACUACUAAAGAGAAAUUGUUAUCAUUUGCCUACAAAUAACUGAGAUGUUCGUUAAUAUUAGUGCCUCUUAUUACUUUUGCACUAAUUCUUGUGCUGCAUGAUAUAAUUAUAGAUAUAAUACUGUCACA